UGGGAAUAGAAAUGGAAGUGGAAGUUGGUAUAAAAGGCGAACCCAUAAAAAUGAGAUGUUGCAGUCUCUCAAGCAAUCCCUUCAAGCAUUAGUCGUAUACAGUAGCAGUUGACUAGUCCCGCCAAAUAUGUUGCUUAUCAAAACCCUGGAGUAUCUGUUCUACCUGGCUCUGUUUGCCUUUAUGUGCAAAUAUGGCCAGGCGGCCAGCGUUCAGUCCACAGAAGCCUCGCCUAUUGACACGGAACCCCUAAGGAAACCACAAAAAACAGAUAUGCCACUCAAUGAGUGUCAUACAUCGUCUUUCAGCUGGAUGUGCCUCAAGAUAGAGCUGGUCAAGAUCAUGGAGAGGCUGGCAGAACAGCAGGAGCUCAGUGUCCUACCCGGCGUCAGUGUGGUCAAGGAUGAGAGUGCCACCGAAAUGAAGACCUCCGAGCUAAUGGCGGAGGUGGCACGCAGCUAUCCAAGCGAUCCCAAUACUCGCCUGAAUGGUUAUAUAGUGGCCAAAAUGGAGAAUCUCCUCAAGACGCGCUUCCUGCGCUUCCGCUUGCUGGACGACAAGGCCCUGGUGGAGGGACGUAAGCACAAGUUUGGCAAGAAGGGCGGCCUGGAGGCUCUAGUGGCAGCCGGUGUCAUGAUGAAGGGCAUGCUCAUGGCCAUGGGCCUGGGCGCUAUAGCCCUAAUGGCGGGCAAGGCUCUAAUGGCCGCUCUCAUGGCCCUGACGCUGUCUGGCGUGCUGGGCCUUAAAAGCUUGGCCGGCGGUGGCAAGUCCACCACCUACGAGAUAGUGGCUAAGCCCAUUUACACCUCAAGCCACUCCCACUCGGUUACCCACGAGGAUGGACACGGUGGACACACGCCCCACUUCGCAGCUGGCGGCGGUGGCGGUGGCACUGCCAGUGGUUUUGGUUACGGUGGCUAUGCCAGAUCUAUGAAUUUGGUGCAGCCAACCGCCAGUCAGUUACACAAGUUGUAG